CAUAUCUCCCGACCAAACCCGACUUACAGGUGGUUUAAAACGAAUCCGUUGGCUAAAUAUAAGGCAGUUCCUGCAAGGCCCGCCAGAAGUGCACCAGUUAUCGAUUAUCCUGAAUCUGGCUCUCCGUCUUUUUUAGCUUGGGCUUCCUCACAAACAGUGUCCGAUUUUCUUAACCUAUAUAUCCAGACCCUCUCCCUCUUGCUUCCCCUUGUAUAUGGCUGGCCUCCCUUAUUAUACACCGAUGUAUAUUAAAGAUGUGAUUUGUUGUUCAUAAUAAAAAAACUCCUUUCUGAAAAAAAUUUAAAUGCAAAACUCAAAUCCGGAGUACGUAGCUCAACUUCCAAUGACGGAAGUCAAUUUCAGUGAUAAAGCGUGGAAGUGUACUGACGCCAAAAAUGGAUAUCUCAAGAGUAAAAACCCAACGCAAGAGUCCCUGUUAGGCUCCUCACCAGUUUCGACUGUGGUACAAAUGUCCCACACCGGUGCUAAAACUAUGGUAGUACCAAAAGGCAAGGCCUCCAAGGAAAAAUGCCUGUUUGCUAUGGUGCUGGCCCUUCUUAUAUUUUGUGGGGUGCUAUUGUUGAUGGUUUUUAGUACUAGAGGCCAAGGAUGUCAUGAUUUUAAACCGAGAGUUUGCUUGACGGAAGAGUGUGUCCGCACUGCUUCCUCCUUAUUAUCUGCUAUGGACCAUACAGCCGAUCCCUGCAUAGACUUUUUCCAGUAUGCUUGCGGAACUUGGAACCGGAAACACUUUAUCCCGGAAGAUCGCAGCUCAAUUAGCACGUUCGAAGUUAUGGCCGAUCAGUUGCAACUCAUCCUCAAAGACGUGUUAGAAGAACCGAUAACGUUGGAAGACAGUGACGCCACGAGGAAAGCAAAAACCUUUUACAAUACUUGCAUGGACAUUCCUCAGAUUCGUAAAAUCGGCGAUAAGCCGCUCAGAGAGGUCCUAGAAUCGUUGGGUGGUUGGCCAGUAACCAAACCGGACUGGCGAGUGCCCAACAUCUCCAUCGAGGCUCUAAUCGGGCAAAUCCGGGGAGUUUAUAACGAGGGUUUCCUGGUGGAACAGUGGGUCGGUCCAGACGACAAGAACAGCUCAGUUAACAUCAUCCAGAUGGACCAAAUGGCAUUGGCCUUACCAAGUAGAGACUACUAUCUGAAAUCUAGCAGUGAAGGCGAUAGGGAAGCAUAUCACAAGUAUAUGACGAACAUAGCGGUACUCUUAGGAGCUAAUAAAACUACUGCUAGCGAUGAACUUCAAGAGGUCAUAGACUUUGAAAGGAGAUUGGCAAACGCCUCAUUACCGGAACAAGAUCGACAUGACACCAGUAUAAUUUACAAAAAAUUGAAACUGCGAGAGUUGCAGCAAAUCGUUCCGCAAGUUAAUUGGCUGGAAUACUUUUGGUCCUUCUUGGACACCAAAAUCAACGAAAAUGAACCGGUGGUGGCAUAUGGACUCUCUUAUUUUAUCGAAAUGGGGAAAAUUUUGGCGGAAACCGAUCGAAGAAUAAUUCACAACUACGUACUUUGGCGCCUCGUAAUGUCCCUCUCCUCCCAUAUGAUCGACGAUUACCAAAGGGAAAGGGUGGAAUUUCGAAAAAUCCUGCAAGGGGUCUUGAGCGAGAGACAUCGGUGGUCCCAGUGCGUCGAAUGGACGAAUAAAAAAUUGGGAAUGGCCGUGGGAGCUUUGUUUAUAAGGGAUAAUUUUAACCACGAUAGUAAGGAAACUGCACUCGAAAUGAUCCACACGAUAAGGGAAGCGUUUAACGAACUUCUCGCUGAAAACGACUGGAUGGAUGACGAGACGCGGGCUGUUGCCAAGGAAAAGGCUGAUGCCAUGAACGAGAGAAUCGGUUAUCCAAAGCUUAUUACAGAUAGGGAAGCUUUGACGAAAGAAUACGCGGCCCUUAAUAUCACUAGGAAGGACUUUAUGAGGAACAUCUUAAAUAUUCUUAAGUUUGAGGCCGAGCAAAAUCUUCAGAAGCUCAGACAUCCUGUUGAUAAGGACAAGUGGUCCACCGAACCUGCGGUGGUCAAUGCGUUUUAUAAUCCUAACAAAAAUGACAUCGUAUUUCCUGCUGGUAUCCUGCAGCCCCUAUUCUACAGUCAACAUUUUCCAAAAUCCUUAAAUUACGGAGGCAUCGGGGUGGUUAUAGGGCACGAAAUCACCCACGGAUUUGACGACAAGGGAAGGCAAUUCGACAAGGACGGAAACAUGAUGCAGUGGUGGAACAAUGCGACCAUCCGGGCAUUCCGUGAACGGACGCAAUGCAUAAUAGAUCAGUACUCGCGUUAUAAAAUUGAUGAGGUCGGACUGUACGUUAAUGGACGGAUGACCCAAGGGGAAAAUAUAGCGGACAAUGGGGGACUUAAACAAUCCUUUCGGGCGUAUAAAAAAUGGGUGGCGCACCACGGCGAAGAAGACAACUUACCCGGACUAAACCUCACCCAUGACCAACUGUUUUUUCUGAACUACGCACAAAUCUGGUGCGGCUCGAUGAGACCUGAAGACGCCCUCACUAAAGUGAGAUCGAGCGUCCAUUCCCCGGGUCCCAUAAGGGUCCUGGGGCCCCUCUCCAACUCCUGGGACUUCGCCAAGGCUUACAAGUGUCCCCAGGGAUCGCCCAUGAACCCCACCAAUAAAUGUAGCGUUUGGUAACUGAAUUAUGGUAUCUAAUUAAUUAUGUGGUAUUUGUGCAGUAUUAAUUGCAAGCAGAGUUUGGAAAAAGGUUGUGUGUGUAUGAGUGUGUGGGUUGAAGGGAGGUUUUACCUCAUUUUGACAGGAUUUGAGACACGAAGGGUAAAAAAAAUUUUAGGAUUUUAUUGGCUUGUGUUUAAGCGUAUUUACAGACUGCAGCACAAAAUUAGUGCACAAAAAGAUAAUAUAUAUAUUUAGCAAAAUAUUGAUGUAAAGAAUAGUAGAAUUUUAAAAUGAUCUUACGAUCACCGCGAUAAAUUGCAUCCUUUUUGUACACGAGGGCCAGAAAGUAAAUUUGAAAAAAAAAUCGCUUAAUGUGGUCGUAGUGUACAUAAUGGGUGAGAAAACCAGUUUCUUACCCUCACGUGUAAUAUACUAUUAGGGUUUUGCAGUCAAAAUUAUAGAUACAUAUAUCUACAAACUACAAAAACAUAUCUGUAACUAUUCCUAUUUUAAAUAAUAAUAUCAAAAAUUCUUAUAUUGUAUCUAAUCAAAUGUAGGCUAUGAUAUAAAUGAAUUAAUUAUUAUAAAGAUAACUAUUGCGUGUUUUUACCUAUCCUACAUACCUUUUAAAAAGGCAUAUACGUGUUUAGUUAAAAUUGACUUGUACAAAUUUUAUAAAGCAUUUUAUCGCAAUAUUGUCUAUUUGUGUGUUUUCACUAAACCUAUUUGGUAUAACUUGUAUUUGUUAAUAAAUGUCUGUUUGUAA